UCCUUUCUCUUGGGGAACAGAAAACCUCGCAUUUCUUGGAGGAAUGGCGACGGCGGUCCUCUGCUACUCGUCACCCGCCGCCGUUACGUCUGCCGUUCCCGGAACAACCUCCCUCGGUUUCUCUAGAUUCGCGGGCGUCGCAGCCACCAAGCCGUCUCUCGGCGGCGUCCCCAUCGCUUCGAAGCGCCUCCUCCGCAUACAUUGCCAGCAGCAGGAGCGGCAGCAGCAGAAUACGGUGGUCAUCCCGAGAGAGCAGCGGUGGAUGUUCGAGGAGUCCGAGAUUAACGGGCCUGAUAUUUGGAACAAAACUUGGUAUCCCAAGGCUGCAGAUCAUAUUAAUUCAGAAAAAACAUGGUAUAUAGUUGAUGCAGCUGAUAAAAUCUUAGGCAGACUAGCAUCAACCAUUGCAAUACAUAUCAGAGGAAAGAACCUUGUAACUUAUACUCCUAGUGUUGACAUGGGGGCUUAUGUUAUUGUGGUGAAUGCUGAAAAGGUUGCAGUUUCUGGUAAAAAGAGAAGCCAAAAGCUCUACAGGAGACAUUCAGGGAGGCCAGGUGGUAUGAAGGUGGAAACUUUUGCACAGCUUCAGGAGAGAAUUCCAGAAAGAAUUAUCGAGCAUGCUGUUCGUGGCAUGCUUCCUAAAGGAAGGCUUGGAAGAAGGCUUUUUACUCACCUGAAAGUGUACAAAGGGCCAGAUCAUCCACAUGAAGCUCAGCUGCCUAUUCCUCUUCCUAUAAGGGACAAGAGAAUACAAAUAGACAAGUAGAUACUUUUGGAGCUUUGCUUGGAUAAUUGGUUGUUCUCUUCUUCUUCUUGCUUCCUAAAUUCCAUUUCUCAGCAAAGUACACUAUCAAGCAAUUGCAAAGUUUCAUUAGUUUUUGUUGAUUGCCUACAUGCCUGAUACAGUAAUUGUCCUUGUAGUGGUAAUCAUCUAACCUCCAAUAACUGGAAUGAAAUUCUCUCAUUUGUAGUUUAAUUACGAGAUUAUUGUUUUCUAUUA